UUGCCCAGCUGAUCGAAAAGUAAUUUGGAUUCGUAAAGAAUAAAGCAAAGUUACUCUUGUAUUUCCAUUAAUAUAGCUGAUAUAAAAAUUACAAAAUGUCCACACGCUGGUAUCCAAUUUAUCAACGCGGAAACCCGCAGCUACGAAUUUUCCUACCUAACUUCUGGAUGAAACUAAUUCGGCCUGCAGAAGAACAGCCAAAGAACGUUGCGACAUUUUCAGUUUCUAUGCAAAUGACCAAAUAUGAUAUAAAGAAUUAUUUGGAAAAGAUUUAUAAGCUGCCUGUGGUGGACGUACGCACUCGCAUCGAAAUGGGUAAAACGAAACGUGAUCAAACUUUUGGAUAUGUGACGAAGGAGGAUGAUGUCAAGAUCGCUUAUGUAACAUUACUAAAAACUGAAGAAUUUACCUUCCCAGAUUUGUUCUCAAAGAAAGAAGAACAAAAGAAAGCAGAGGAGAAAUCAUUGGACGAUUCAAAGCAAGGCUUUAAGCGCUUCCUCGACCGUAAUAAGAAACGCCCAGGCACACCCGGCUGGUACUCCAUUUAAUUUGAUAAGAAUUACAUUUAGUGAAAUAAAAGUACCUUUAAUACAAACAUU